AUGUCGUCCGAUUAUAAUGCAAAAGACCGCACACUCAUAUACGAAGCCGGUGGUUUCGUCGUUGUGACAUCAAACAUUUUGGUUCACGACCUGUUGCACAAUGCCAUUCCAGCAAAGUCAGUCGCUGGCAUUGUUGUAUAUGCCGCGGAUUCGGUGCGAGAGUCUAGCAAUGAGCACUUUGCCCUCAAGCUGUACCGCGCCAGAAAUCGCGACGGCUUCGUCAAGGCCUUUUCGGAGAACCCAAUUGCGCUCACGAGAGGGUUUCAUCACGUCGAGAAGCUCAUGCGAAACCUCUAUGUGUCGAGGUUAUGCCUGUGGCCUAGAUUUCAUGCGUCAGUCAAGGAUUCUGUGUCGGGUCAUGUUCCGGAUCUUGUUGAUCUCGAAGUGCCUCUGACGUUUCGGAUGAAUGCGUUAGUGAGUGCUCUACGCGAUUGCGUGCAAGCUGUCAUUGAGGAUUUGAGAAGGGCUACGCGCGAAGUAGACUUUACAGACCUUUACCGCAAGGAUGAGGACGGGAAAACGGUUCUUGUUUACAAUUUUGAUACAGCUGUAAGCCGGCAACUUGAGGGCGCUGGUGUGAGAGUUGCGGGAAGGGUGCGCAGUUUAGUGGCAGAUCUAACUGCGUUGAGGCCGUUACUGAGCGAUGUGUUUGAACUCACUUCUGUGGUGUUUUAUCAACGCCUUGUCACGGUCCGACAUGCUGCAGAGAAAGGCACUGGAUGGCUUCUCAGAAAGGAAGCGCAGCGUGCCGUGUUCUUGGCAAGGUCCAGGGUGUGGAUCAUUCGCAAGGCUGGACAGGUUGGGCAGGUGGAAAGCAAUACAGUUGGUGAGGGAAGGGCUGCAGAAUUGAACGAAGGGAAUGGGUCUGGUCUUCGUACGGUGUUGACACUUGAGAGCAGUCCCAAGUGGAAGGCGUUGAAGGAUGUACUUCAGGAGAUUCAGGGUGAUGUCGAUGCUGCGGGGGAGGAAGCCGAUGUGGGGAGGGUGCUCGUCACCGUCAAGGAGCCUCGCAUCGCGGAUGAAUUGCGCGCUUUGUUGAAAGAUGGCGAGCAUGCUGUUUUAAGGCGUCAGUUCGAGGGAUCAUUUCCAAACGUGGCGGAGCGGGUGAGAGAGAGUCAGGAAUUGAGUGCAGCGAAUGGUGGGAUGCAUCAAAUGACGAUGACCCAGAUUGUAAAUCCAGACCGCCCACGGGGAGGCCGCCUUGAACAGAAGAGACAUGAGCCCAGGAGAACAGGAACAACGCGAAAGAGGAGAAGAACAAAUGGUGGAGAGAAGCCUUCAUCAAACAUAGGGGCAUCAGAGGACAGAGCUAUCGAAAUUCUUCAGGAGGUCUUUCGAGAGAUCAAGUCACAUAGGUCAACUCGAAUUGAAGUUCUCAUUUGGUGUCGGGAAUGGGUAGACUUGCAGGGGAGGGGACAUCGAAUACUCGAGGAGUAUCACCCAUCAUUUAUUGUUCAGUACAACACAGACUCAGCUGUCGUGAGAGAGGUGGAGAUGUUCAAGGCUGCUCAUCCGGGACGUCCAGUGCGCAUGUAUCUUCUCAGCCACGCAGACGUAGCUGAAGAAGAACGAUUUAGAAGCGGCUUGCGCCGUGAGACUGCCGCAUUCAAAUCAUUAAUACGUGAGCGAGCCUCUAUGACAAUCCAUGUGGAUCAGGAGGGUCGACAACCGGAAGAGGAGUUUACCCAAGCCAUUUUGGACCAGACUGCAGAAGCGGGGCAGCUUACUGGGAGGCGCGGGCUUGGAGUCGAUCGGGACUCCCGAAAAUUGGGGUCUGUGAAAUCAGAUAGGAAGAACGUCGCAUCUGAAGGUAAGGUUUUGGUCGAUACGAGGGAGCUACGGAGUGCUCUUCCAAUGCUUCUGCAUCAAGCGAACAUGAGGAUUGUUCCGUUAACUCUCGAAGUUGGAGACUUCAUUCUUUCCAAGAAUAUUGGGAUCGAACGUAAAUCCGUUCCUGAUUUGUUCGGAUCCUUCGCAUCUGGACGACUAUUUAAGCAGGCGGAGGCGCUUUGUCGACACUACAAAUACCCAUGUUUGCUCAUUGAGCUCGACAGAACAAAAUCGAUAUCAUUGACCGCCACUAACGGGUACGUUCCGGCUACUAUCUCAGCAACAUCAAUUGUGAGCAAAAUGGUGUUAUUAAUUCAGCAAUUUCCUACGUUGCGUUUGCUGUGGGCUAAAGGACCGCACGAUGCUGCUGAGAUGUUUGCAUCUUUGAAAGAAAAUGAAGAAGAACCAGAUGAAGAAGUGGCUGCUGGCCUUGGAGUCGAUACGAAGGACGCUGUGGAUGAAACAUUUAACGCUGGCCCAAGGGCUUUACUUCGAAGUCUACCUGGCAUCGACAGUCAGAAUAUUGAAAGAGUGAUGCGGAACGUUCGAAACGUAUCUUCGCUAAUUUCGAUGUCCAAACGGGAAUUGACGGACCUUCUGGGUGGUACUGGAAAGGCUACGCAGUUGUACAAUUUUGUAAAUGAGCAACCGAGCGAGGCGUUGGCGGCUCUACGGUGA